CAAGCCCGGAUCCCUGAAUUUGAUCCAGGUGCUACAAAGUACACAGAUAAAGACAAUGGAGGAAUGCUUGUAUGGUCUCCAUAUCACAGUAUCCCAGACGCCAAAUGCCCAGGAAGACAGAGGAGACCUAGGAUGUGAUGGCAGUGCUGCUUAAACCCUCAAGCAGGGGAGGGAGUUACUAUAUAGACAUCUGCACAGGCUUUGCCUCAGUGCAUGGAGAUGUAAAGAAAUGCCUUCAAACUUCAAAGAGCCCACUAUCAUUACCAUUUUAAAGAGGAAAGGGGAAAGGACUGACUCCAGCAGCCAUCAAUCAGGUCAUCUUUGUGCUCUCCAUUUCUGGACUGAGACCUUCUGGAUCAUUGACCAUGCACCUCUUGAAUCAUGGUGUGGCUUUAGACUUCCAUGUGAUGUAGCGGACCUGAUCCUUUGCGGCACAUCAGAUAUAGGAAACGUGCAGUGGAUGAAUAUAUUGCCAUUGCAAAGGAGAAACAUGGCUACAAUGUGGAACAGGCACUUGGCAUGUUGUUCUGGCAUAAACAUAACAUUGAGAAGUCCCUUGCUGAUCUUCCUAAUUUUACUCCCUUUCCGGAUGAGUGGACAGUGGAAGAUAAAGUCCUAUUUGAACAAGCCUUUAGUUUUCAUGGGAAAAGCUUUCACAGGAUUCAACAAAUGCUUCCAGAUAAGACAAUUGCUAGCCUUGUAAAAUAUUACUAUUCCUGGAAAAAAACUCGAUCCAGGACAAGUUUGAUGGAUCGCCAGGCUCGUAAACUAGCCAAUAGACAUAAUCAGGGUGACAGUGAUGAUGAUGUGGAAGAAACACACCCAAUGGAUGGAAAUGAUAGUGAUUAUGAUCCCAAAAAAGAAGCCAAGAAAGAGGGUAAUACUGAACAACCUGUCCAGACCAGCAAGAUCGGGCUUGGAAGGAGAGAGUAUCAGAGUUUACAACACCGCCAUCAUUCUCAGCGUUCUAAGUGCCGGCCUCCUAAGGGCAUGUAUUUAACCCAGGAAGAUGUGGUAGCCGUUUCGUGUAGUCCCAAUGCAGCCAAUACCAUCCUGAGGCAACUGGACAUGGAGUUGAUCUCUUUAAAACGUCAGGUUCAGAAUGCUAAGCAAGUAAACAGUGCACUUAAACAGAAAAUGGAAGGUGGAAUUGAAGAAUUCAAACCUCCUGAGUCAAAUCAGAAAAUUAAUGCCCGUUGGACCACAGAGGAGCAGCUUCUAGCAGUGCAAGGUGUCCGCAAAUAUGGUAAAGAUUUUCAAGCUAUUGCAGAUGUAAUUGGCAACAAGACUGUUGGCCAAGUGAAGAACUUCUUUGUAAACUACAGGCGUCGGUUUAACUUAGAGGAGGUAUUGCAGGAGUGGGAAGCAGAACAAGGAACCCAGGCUUCUAAUGGUGAUGCUUCUACUUUAGGGGAGGAGACAAAAAGUGCUUCUAAUGUGCCAUCAGGGAAGAGCACUGAUGAAGAAGAGGAGGCACAGACCCCACAGGCUCCUCGGACUCUGGGUCCAUCACCUCCUGCCCCAUCAUCCACUCCAACACCAACAGCCCCCAUUGCCACCCUGAACCAGCCUCCACCACUUCUUCGUCCAACACUGCCUGCUGCCCCUGCUCUUCACCGGCAGCCUCCUCCACUCCAGCAGCAGGCUCGGUUCAUCCAGCCCCGGCCAACUUUAAAUCAGCCUCCACCACCUCUCAUUCGCCCUGCUAAUUCUAUGCCACCCCGUCUAAACCCACGACCAGUAUUGUCCACGGUUGGUGGUCAGCAGCCUCCAUCACUUAUCGGAAUUCAGACAGAUUCACAGUCCUCACUGCACUAGAAUUAAAUUGGACAGAGCUGCAGUAACUUGUCACCCCCACCACUAUACCAAUGCUCAUCUGACUGAUGCAAAAGAGGAAAGACUAAUCCUUCCUAGAUACUGAGGCUGCAAACUAGUUCUGUGGCAGUGGGCUAGCGUAGUGGAUGGAUGUCUAAGAAGUUUUUUAGUUCACGCAACUGAGAUGUUACAUAAGAAAAAGCCUACAGUUAGCCUCCUUCCUAGAGUAUAUGUUCAGCAACAUGGUCUCAUAAAAGGAAGAAAAGAAAAAGAUUAAAUGUUCUAUAUACUAAGGGUUCUUUUGUUUUGUUUUUACUGUAUUUAUUUUAUUGAGAUUUCUUUAUACUCCUGCCUCUUCAUAGUCACGGCUCUUAGUAAAGGAAUAUUGACUUAGGAAUUGUGAAAACUCCUUAAGGUUCUUAAGUUAAGGGUGUUUGACAUUUUUUCUUUUUCCUUUAAUUUAAUUUUAACAUUUUCCUAUGUUAGGAGUGCAAGAAUAAAUAGCCUGCAUUUCAGAUUUUGACAUAUUUUCAUUUAAUGCAUAUUUAAGAAAUUAUAGCUGCAUAUCCCUUUUUUCGAAAAGAAAUCUUGCUUUUUUUUCUAAAGGAAUGUUAAUAUAUUCCUUUCAAAGAAAGCAAUUUAAUCAAUUGCAAAGCAAUUAUGUGAUACCACAAAGAAUGUACUGAACCUACUAACCAUUUAAAAUAGAGCUUUGGGUCCUAGUGCAAAGUCCUUGCUUAAAGGUCAUUGACCCAUCAUCUAUCAGUAAUAAGAGGAUCAGAAUAAUAAUUUUACAUACAAAUGAGGACUUAAUUUGUUAAAGUACAGUACAGUGUCUUUACGUUCCUUGAAAAUGAAGUUAACUUUGAUUUUUUUUUUCAAUGUUUCUAAAUGCUGUCUGCUUUUAACUAGUAGUUACCUACAUCUGGGGACUUUAGAAAAGAAUUAUAUUUUGUCAGUUAUGUCGAGAUAGUGAAUGGAAGCAUUUAUUACAAUACCCUUUUUGUGUUUAAGUUCUGAACUUAAAAUUGCCCUUAUUAAUAUGGUCUGCAUUAAAUAUAAAUGAUGAUUUCUUGAUAAAUCUCUAUUGUACUAUUUGGAUACAUUUGUGUAUUUCUUGCAGCCAACCUGUAUGGCCUGGUUUGGUUUAAGGUAAAAUCGUCAGCAUUAUUUUAUAAAAUAAAUUUAAGAAUUUGUUCUGUGUUAUCUAAAGAUGUAUCAGUAUAUUGUCACAAUUGUGCUGUUAACUUAAAAUGCUGAGAUCCCUUUUUAUAAAGAAAAAAAUUUCAAGUCUUCUUAUUCAACACAUAAUCAUUAAGCACCUACAAAGAAUAUUUUACAAGUGAUUGUAUUUCAACAAUAUGUUACUAAUAUUUUUGAUACAAUGAUUUCGUAAUGGAAUCAUGACUUGUGCAAAGGGACAGAUCACUCAGAUUGCUAUACUAGUGAAACUUAAAGCUAAAUGUUUGCACAUUCACAUUCUUAACACGUAUAGAACCACUUCACAGAAUAGUCAACAUCUAUGGGCCUAAUUUAUAUUUUGAGAGAUCAUAUAUUCCCAAAUUAUUGGGGAAAUAGUCCCUACCAUUGGCUCUAAAGCCUUAAAGAGCUAUAAACUUACAUCCAUUGGUUAGUUUUAAUUUUGACUUUCAGAACACUUUUUUUCCGUUAAGGACCUUAAAUUCUGGCAUAAUCUCAAGCUUUUUCCAGGAUGUGUCUGUCGUUCUCAUUGCGUCAUCUUAAAUAGUUCCUGCCCCUGGAUUGUAACCAGAUAAAACCUAACUUAAAAUACUUAAUAUUCAAGAAUUUAUACUUAUUUUUACUUUUAAGAGUCAUGGACAAAAUAUCUAAAGAAAAUAUCUAAAGCCUUUUUUUAAAGUACUUAGGUUGUCUUGCAUAUGUGCACACUAUAGAGCUUUUAUUGUCUCUUGUCUCUUGUCAGUAGGCCUUCAGUAUACAGUAUGUGGCAUAUGUCAGUCAAGUUGGUCAGCACCAGCGUCUGUCCAGCUGUUUCGUAUAUUGUGAUUCAUUUAAAAUCUGUUCUAUCCCAGCCAUGGGCCAUGGUGCUGUAUCUGAGGGAUGUGCUGUAAUUUGAUUUACGUACACUAGAGCACACAGUAGAAAAAUCUUAGCUUCAGUAGUAAUAUGACACAUGUAUAUAGUGAGAUGUCUUUAUUGUGUGCUUUGCAUAUUUUGUAAAUAUUUUGCACGUCAUUAAUUUUCUUUUUUGUUUAAGCAGUGUUUGGCCUGGAAGAGUGAUAUGCUUGCUGCUUAAUCAAAGGAUUAAAGAGUUAAAGAUGUCUAUGUCUUCUAUUUUUAUAUAACUUCAUGUUGUAUGCGAAAUUUAGGACCUCUUCACUGUGAAAUUCUAAAUACUGAAUUUUUUAUAAAAGAUAGCAAAACCUAGAAAUCUUUUAAU